AUGGGCGUCCCCGCGGCGGCUCGGAGGGACCCCGGGGGGCUCGGGGGGCUCGGGGGGCCGCUGCUGCUGCUGCUGCUCCUGGCCCUGGCCGGCCCCACGCGCGCCUACAGCCUGGACCCUACGCGGCCCGUGCGCUUCCAGGGCCCCGCCGCCUCCUUCUUCGGCUACGCGGUGCUCGAGCACGUCCACGACCGCUCGCGGUGGAUUCUUGUGGGUGCACCAAAGGCAGAGUCCAAGUACAGCACCUCAGUAAAGUCCCCCGGGGCUGUAUUUAAGUGCCGAAUCCACACCAACCCGGACCGGAGAUGCACCGAACUGGACAUGGCCCGAGGGAAGAGUCGGGGCACAUCCUGUGGGAAGACCUGCAAAGAAGAUCGUGAUGAUGAGUGGAUGGGGGUCAGCCUGGCCCGGCAGCCCAGGGAGGAUGGCCGAGUGCUGGCCUGUGCUCACCGCUGGAAGAAUAUCUACUAUGAGACAGACCACAUCCUGCCCCAUGGCUUCUGCUACAUCAUCCCAUCCAACCUCCAGGCUAAAGGCAGGACGCUAAUCCCUUGCUAUGAAGAGUACAAGAAGAAGUACGGAGAAGAACAUGGCUCCUGCCAGGCUGGCAUAGCGGGUUUCUUCACUGAGGAGCUGGUAGUGAUGGGGGCCCCAGGAUCUUUUUACUGGGCCGGGACUGUCAAAGUGCUGAACCUAACAGACAACACUUACUUCAAACUGAACGAUGAUGCCAUCAUGAACCGGCGGUACACGUACCUGGGCUAUGCAGUGACUGCAGGCCACUUCUCUCACUCAUCCACCACUGAUGUAGUUGGAGGUGCUCCCCAGGAUGAAGGCGUUGGGAAGGUUUAUAUCUUUAGAGCUGACCAAAGAUCAGGAACCUUGAUUAAAAUUUUCCAGGCUUCAGGCAAAAAGAUGGGCUCUUACUUCGGCUCCUCCUUAUGCGCAGUUGACCUGAAUGCAGACGGCCUCUCCGACCUGCUGGUGGGGGCCCCCAUGUUUUCUGAGAUCAGAGAUGAAGGGCAAGUCACCGUCUACAUCAACAGAGGAAAUGGAGCCCUGGAGGAGCAGCUGGUGCUUAGUGGUGACAACGCCUACAAUGCACAUUUCGGGGAGAGCAUUGCUGCUCUGGGCGACCUUGAUGAUGACGGAUUCCCAGAUGUGGCUGUUGGUGCACCCAAAGAGGACGACUUUGCAGGGGCCAUCUACAUCUACCAUGGGGAUGCUGGUGGGAUUGUUCCUCAAUACUCAAUGAAACUGCUGGGGCGGAAGAUACAUCCAGUGCUACGGAUGUUUGGCCAGUCCAUAUCAGGAGGCAUUGAUAUGGAUGGAAAUGGCUAUCCUGAUGUCACAGUUGGUGCCUUCAUGUCGGACAGUGUGGUUCUUCUCAGGGCAAGGCCUGUCAUCACCGUGGACGUCUCUGUCUUCCUCCCAGCCUCUGUCAACAUCACAGCUCCUCAGUGUCAUGACGGGCUGCAGCCUGUGAACUGCCUGAAUGUCACCGUCUGCUUCAGCUUUCAUGGCAAACACGUUCCUGGAGAGAUUGGUCUGAAUUAUGUACUGACUGCAGAUGUGGCCAAAAAGGACAAGGGUGAGGCCCCCAGAGUGUUCCUGAUGUUGCUGGGCGAGUCUGUGGGUCACGUUGUGGAGAAUCUGCAGCUGGUGGUCAUGGAGGAGACCUGCCAUCACUACGUGGCCCAUGUGAAGCGGCGGGUGCAGGACGUCAUCAGCCCCAUCGUGUUUGAAGCUGCCUACAGCCUGGAAGAGCAUGUGACGGGCAGGGAGGAGAGGGAGCUGCAGGCUCUGACCCCUGUGCUCCGAUGGAAGAAGGGGCAGAAGAUCGCCCAGAAGAAUCAGACGGUGUUUGAAAGAAAUUGCCAUUCCGAGGACUGUGCAGCCGACCUACAGCUCCGGGGUCAACUGUUGCUCUCUGGCAUUGAUGACAAGACGCCAUAUCUGGCUUUGGGGGCAGUGAAGAAUAUCUCCCUGAACAUCUCCAUCUCCAACUUUGGGGAUGAUGCUUAUGAUGCCAACGUGUCCUUCAAUUUUUCUCGAGAGCUCUUCUUCAUCAACAUGUGGCAGAAGGAGGAAAUGGGCAUUUCCUGUGAACUGCUGGAAUCGGACUUCCUCAAGUGCAGUGUGGGAUUUCCUUUCAUGCGGUCCAAGUCAAAGUAUGACUUCAGUGUGAUUUUUGAUACAAGUCACCUGUCUGGGGAAGAGGAUGUUCUCAGCUUCAUCAUUAUGGCUCAGAGUGGCAAUGUGGAGCGGCCGGAGUCCCUGCAGGACAACGUGCUCACGCUGUCGGUGCCAUUAAUGCAUGAAGUGGAUACAUCCCUUUCGGGCAUCAUCUCUCCCACCUCCUUUGUGUAUGGCGAGUCUGUGGAUGUAUCCAACUUCAUUCUGCUGGAGGAUCUGGAGUGUCAUUUCCAGCCUCUAAACAUCACUCUCCAGGUCUAUAACACUGGACCCAGCACUCUCCCUGGCUCUUCUGUCAUCAUCACUCUCCCCAACCGACUGUCUCCUGGUGGUGCAGAGAUGUUUCAUGUCCAGGAGAUGGUGGUCAGUCAAGAUAAAGGAAACUGUUCUUUCCAGAAAAAUCCAACUCCCUGUAUUAUCCCUCAAGAACAAGAGAACAUCUUCCAUACAAUAUUUGCCUUUUUCACAAAGUCGGGAAGGAAAGUCUUGGACUGUGAAAAACGGAGCGUUUCUUGCCUCACAAUGCACUGCAACCUGAGCGCACUUGCAAAAGAAGAAAGUCGAACUAUAGACAUUUACAUGCUGCUGAACACAGAAAUACUGAAAAAGGACAGCUCAUCUGUCAUCCAGUUCAUGACCCGUGCCAAAGUGAAGAUGGCCCCAGAUCUAAGGGUGGUGGAAGUGGCCCAUGGGAACCCAGAAGAGAUGAUGGUGGUCUUCGAGGCCUUGCAUAAUCUGGAGCCCCGUGGCUACGUCGUGGGAUGGAUCAUCGCCAUCAGUUUGCUGGUGGGAAUCCUCAUCUUUCUGCUACUGGCGGUGCUGCUCUGGAAGUUGGGCUUCUUUCGCCGAAGGUACAAAGAAAUUAUUGAAGCCGAGAAGAACCGGAAAGAGAAUGAAGACAGUUGGGACUGGGUUCAGAAAAGCCAGUGAUCGCCUGCCCACACCAGUCCUGUGACCCAAUGGUUUGCCUGUUGUCCUUGAUCUUUGUAUCUUCCAUAUUUGGAAGAAAGAAUCUUCUCCAGAUUUUUCGGAGGCCCCACUGAUGCUGUUCUCUUCCUCAUUCUCUCAAGUCCAGGUGCCAAUUCGAGGCAGCCACUAUGGCCAGGUCACAUGACUCUGCCACCUUCACUUCCUUUUGAAGAUGAACUCUGAACUUUGGAAAGUAAGCUACAGAGCCGAGCAAUAUUUAUGGAUGCAACAUGCGUGGUCAACCCUCAGGGGAAAACUGUUACCUAAAAGUAUUUUUAUAAAUAUAAGCCUUUUAUACUGAUUAUGUCUUUAUAUUUGUAUCAAUGUUUUAUUAUUUCUAUUAAAUAGUUAUAUAAUUCACUCAA